GAAGGGUGCGCGGCUGGUGGUGGCAACACUGGCGGGGCUGGAGGCUGGCAGGCGUUGUGUCGAGGGAACCUGUGAUGAAAAUUGUCCUGCUUUGACCUGUGGUGUGCCGCGCGUCAUGUCCUCCAAGUACAAGGCCUCCGAGGGGGACUGGGUGUGCGUGGACCCCAAGUGCUCCAAUGUGAACUUCGCACGCCGCAGUACCUGUAACAGAUGUGGCAAAGAGCGGAGUGGGUCGGGGGGUGGCGGCAGCAGUAGCAGUAGCAGCAGCAGUAGCAGCAGCGUCAGCGCUGCCGAGAAGAAGCGCCAACUAGGCAUGGAGAUUGGCAAGGCGGCGGCGGAGAAGUCCCAUGGCCUGUUCAGCGCCGACGACUGGCAGUGCAGCAAAUGUGGCAAUGUCAACUGGGCCAGACGUCAGACCUGUAACAUGUGCAACGCCCCUAAGUUUGGUGACCUUGAGGAGAGGACUGGCUAUGGGGGCGGCUUCAACGAGCGCGAGGGCGUCGAGUACAUCCAGCGCGAGGAGUCCGAUGACGAGUUUGACGAGUUCGGCCGCAAGAAGAAAAAGUUCCGCAACAAAGUGAACUCGACCUCUGAGGACAAGAACCACGUGCCAACUAAAAAACCCGAAAAUGAUGAUGAUGAUGAUGAUGACGAUGAUGAGGAUGAUGGUGACCUCUCCAAGUAUGAUAUCUGGAAUGAUGACGAGGAUGAUGACAAGGCUGAUAGUACCAAGGCUGAUACUACCAAGGAUGACAAGAAGAAGAACGGCAAGUCUUCCAAUGACUCGCCCCAGAAGAGCCAACGUUCCCGCUCCCGCUCGCGCUCCUACUCGAGGGGACGCCGUAGCUCCCACUCCUACUCUAGGUCACGCUCCAGCUCCUCAGGUUCCUCAAGGUCCAGAUCCAGGUCUUCAAGGUCGUCCUCGAGGUCAUGGUCCAAGUCCCGGCGGCGCCACAACAGCAACUCCAGCUCCAAGUCGCGCUCGCCCCGAUCCCGCAGGUCGCGGCGGACCAGGUCAAGGUCUGGGGAUCGUUCAGGCUCCAAGCGGAGGCGGAUUUCGCAGCACAGCAGCACGAGGUCACGCUCCAGGUCGAGAUCAUAUUCAAGGGACCGGAAAUAUUCCAGAAAGUAAUGGUUGUGUGGAGUGGGAGUGGUGGCAGCAGCAGCAGCAGCAGCAGCGGCCCUGAGUUGCCCCCUCCCCCUCACACACCCGUGCACACAGAGCACUGGCAGGUGUGUAGCAGUAUUUUGUCUUUCCAUGGAGUAACUCACCCAGGUUUUUUUGUCCUUAAAUAUGUACAGAUGCCACGAUGGAAAAUUGAUUAAAAGUUCUGUUUUCUGCGGAGACGAGUGAGGGAGAGGAAGAGCAUGUGCACUAACACCACUGAUAAGGAAUGCACUCUGCUUUUCGUCACCUCCGUGCACCUCUAGGGCAUUACCAGUCACACGCGGUGGUGGUUUUGUUGUCAGACCUGUGAAAUUCAUCCCAGACUAUGCAAAUGUGUAUCACUGUAGUGUAAGGUGUAGCCACUUAAGUUGACGUGCUAGUAAGGAGCAGGCAUCUUUGGGCUCCUAUUGGCAUCCCUCCUCCUGUCUGAGGCACCAGGAACAUGUGCUGCCAAGACCUGCAGCACACCAGGGUCAGAACACACCAGUAAGAUAACUAUUUGUCCUGAAUGGCUGGCAGGUCGGCUUGCAGCUUAAGUUUGUGACGUUUCACCUCCCGUUUCUUUGUGCCCUUCCUGCCUGUGUUCAGUGACGCUGGUGCUGUGUGGUGGACAAUGCCUGGGAGGAAGGUGACUGCCAGCCCCAUCAUGAUGCACCUCUUUGGUGGGCUGACGGGAUGCAGCGGAGGAAGUAUGGAAGAAAUUUAAGAUAGUAAUUUUAAAGACAGUUAUGUUAGUAUCCUUAUUGACUUUAUUUUUCAGUUUUCAUGUUGGACAAAGCAUAUGACUGUAGCUGCUUCUGAGGUUCCUCCAUGUGGUUAUCUUCGACUAUGUUCCUUAGCUUUGUUUUGCUUCCCACACUUGCAUUAAUGGGAAGGAUGCUAUGUAGGAAGGGCAUGUUCCCCCUCCUGAGAGACGGUGUGUGUUAUGGAGUAAGGAAUAGAGUAAGCUGGUAGUCUAUAUCCUGAUGGCUCUGUAGUGUUCAUGCCCUGUACUGCACUAAUUAAAAUAUCCAAGUACAGGGAUUCACACACUACCAUCUCUUCCACUGCCGUAACCUAAUUCGAUUUAAGAGUACGGACAUUUCAUAAUAAAAUCUACAACAUCAAUAUACGUAUACCUGACUACAUAUACCCUUACAAAAAAUGGAUAUACCCCCUCUAAAAAACUAAUCUUAAGGCAAAGUAUUAAUAUCAGGCAAACUUGUUGAUUGGUUGUCAUUUCUAGUAUUAUCAACAAAACACUGACGGGUGAUAAAGGUUGGAGAAGCAUGAAAGGGGUUUGUGAAGGAUGCUGGGAAGGUUGCUGAGAAAGGGACUAAGAGACAGAGGGGGAACAGACUGAAGUUCACAUUCUUAAACAUAUCAGUCUCCCAUUACAGCUAUUUUCCAAGGCCUCAGGGGAGAUUAGCCAGGUUUUCAUGGGUCACUUUCCUGUUCAGGGAUGCAAAAAUUGUGUUAAACUAGCAUUAGGAUCACAAAAAGUCAUUGAAAACCUCAGUAACUUAUAUGAGAGGCUUUUCAAACAGGCAAACUGAGACACUGAUACAUUUAAAAAUACAGGCUUGAGAGGAACUGAGGGACUGAUGAAGAAUGCUGAAUAGACUCCUCCAUAGCUGGCAAGGAUUUAGGAGUCAUAGGAAGGAGAGAAGGCCAGAGGAUUUUGUAAAGGGUUCAGUAGCUACACCAAACACAGGUAGGGGCAUAAGCGACUUUAGAGCAUCUAGUAGUAAUGUAACGUCAAUUAUAAUGGGUAGUGUAUGUAGUUUUCCUUAAGUGCACUCCUCCCCCCCCCCUCCCCCCUCCCCCCAUCUCUGUGUAUGACUGUUGUGAAUACUUUAAGGUCGUAUUAUAAAACAUUUCGCCGCCCAAGAACACAUAUUUGACAAGGCUUUCAUAGGACUUGUGGGCAUUUCCAGGAGUAGUUGUAUGACCCUGGUGGUAGUUUGACCCUUCUUCUGUACCGUGAACCCAAAGAAACACGCAUUGGAACCUGACUGACCCCCUCUUUGGCCUUUAGAAAUAGCUAUGUGGGAAGCGAAAGUGUCUUAUGAUACCGACCUUUUUUGCCAGCACACUAACACACCAGCUAUGCAUGACCAGCCCUGAAAGCUUAUGAUGUAACUUGCCAAUACUUUAACCCUUAGACGGCGGUGAAACAAUAUACAGGCAGUCCAAAAUUCAGUCAGUUUUCUAUGGCAGUAAUAUAACAACACUUCCAGAUUGCUGUUGAAUCUAUAUAUAGACGAUCGUUAAAACAUCCAUUAUGUUGCCUAACCAUAUUUAUGCUACAGUCCUAAGGUCGGGAGUGACUAUAUAGAGACCAUUCAUUUUGGGGGGAGAUACUCUUUCAAUACUGCCGCUGUCUAAGGGUUAUUACGCAAAGUUCCAUUCGUCUAAGGUUAUUCUGGUGACUAGGGAUCAGGGAUUUAUAACUUGCUGAACCGUCUGGUGAGAAAUUUUACACUGUUUGACUUCUAUGUCACUAAAUAAGAAAAAAAUGCAGGAGUAAUAAAGUAAGAGAUGAAAUUUUGUCGUCUGCAGGUGAGUACAAACUUGUCUUAAAACUACAACUAUUUUACUCGUCUUGAUAAGUAAGACGCUCAAUGUUUUCAGGGCUGAUCAAAAACACACACAUGUACACUCUAACACUUACACACACAACACAUCCUAAGAUUAAACUACAUCAUGUAAAAUCUACCUAAGUCAUCCCUCAUCCUCCCAACACAAAGCUAAAAUGUAUCUUCACCUAAUCCACCAUAACAAUUUUUUUUUCAUGUAAUCCAUCAUAAUUUUUUUUCACCCAAGCCAUCAUUACAAAGCACAAACUCCACUCACCAAAACAAGACUGGUACCUAUGCCUCAACACAGAGAAACACCACCGGUACCAACACCAGCAAUACCACAUACCCACAUACCCACCCACGCCAUUCUUCACCCCACCGCACGCCCACCUCUGACAACAAGCAUUUCUAACCUACUCACCGUUCCUGUGUUUCGAACUUUCUUGAAGCGACAACAUUUAUGAGUCGGUGGUUGCCUGCCCUCACUCCCGCAGCAGAGGAGUGUGUCAUAAGUCCCGUUAUAAGAUUGUUAAACAGUUUCCCCAGUACUUUGUUGAUGGGUGUGUACAGUUGUCGGCCAAAAUAUCUGUAGGACUCGCACUAAACUCGUUGCAUGGGAUAAGAGGAGAGUGGAGGGUGUUGGAGAGAGAAGAGUUGCUUAGAGUGCAAGAAGAGUCUGUAUCUGUCUAUCAAUGGCUCUGACACGUUGAUUUUCCGUGGAUUUCUCAUGGCAGAAGAUUCCAGUUCUCUGUUUCUGUCUGCCUCAUUCAUGCAUACCCUUCUGCCUCUUUGUCUUAAUUAGUUCACAUGUAAGAUUGUCUCCCUACUACCACCCACUCUCCUAUUCACAAAAACAUCAUCCUGCAUUCACCUAAUAUGAUCUAACCUUCUUAAUGGGCUUUGCUUUACCUCUUCCACCACUUCAGAUUCUUUGCCUCCUUCUCUCAUGUCUGUGCUGCAUCUCCUCCACACCUCUUUGUCAAUCCUGCCAUCCCAUCUUGUUAAAUCACACCUUCUCAAGUAUCUCAUCUCUGCACACAUCCUUGCCUGUUGACUCAUUCCAUGCCCAUGUUACAGAAGCAUUGGUGAAGGGAAGGGGCGAGCAGGCCACAAUGGGUUUAGGGUAAGGUGGAUUAGUAUUUUUGUCCACAACUGUACAUGUCGCCAUUUCCGUUGAUAUUAUGCAUUUUCCUCCCCCACUGAACAUUGAAGGAGGCAGUGCUCACAGGUCGUUAUGGAGCUAGUUUUAAGAGCAACCUGUCAUACAUUACUUUAGUUUGUAUCUUUCCUUGAAGGUCUCUACCUGAUGGGUCUUAGUCGGGGAUUACUAGUUAUUCAUCCUGACGGUUCCGACUUCCAUUUCAUCCAUUAUGCACAUUACUUAGUCAGCAGUUGAUGCUUGCCAUGCUUUCACAGUUUGGAUAUAAAGUCACCAGGAAUGCACUGGUUUUUAGGCUGUUAUGUAUAUGUAUCUGCGCCUGUUUGUUUCAAUUUGCCACACACUGUUCCGUGAGUUGGUCCGAGGUCUCAAUGAGCACACCUUGGUAUACAUCCUCCACCAGUACACACACAAUUGCUGUAAAGAAAAAAGGCUCCAGAAAAUACUAGACAGUGCUGUCAGAACUUUAGUAUUUGUGAAUGUCUUGUCUGAACGUUGUCAGUGUUAACUCUUCACUCAGAACAGAUGAUGAGGUGGUGCAAACACUCCCACCAACUGACCUGUAAACCCAUGUUGAGUCUGUUGUGUUUCAAGACUCAGGAUAGAUAGAGACCUGCUGUGGGGUGCUGCACACAUCACUGCCUAACAAGGACUGUGGUGUGUUGUUAGCUCAGGCCAGGAGAGCGAUGUGUUGAUGUACAUAACUACUAGCAGUGUUAAUGACUUUCUCAUGUGCUUCAGUGUCCUGUAAAGGCAACAACAGUGGCCAGCUUCUAUACCUUUCCUGUAGCAUCGUCAAGGAGUCCAGAUAUUCUUUGAGCCGCAAACACUGCUUGCUGACUGUGUAGCGCUGUGUUUCAUGUUUCAAGAGUAACUUCCAUAUUCAUGCAAGCAUCUCAAUGAAGUUUGAUUUACAUCCUUAUAUAAUGUGAAGAUGUAUUCUCAGUGUUAACUAGUUUGUGUUGAAAUAAAACAUACAACUUACA